AUGGCAUCAAUUUCGCCGGAGAAACUUAUCAGCACAAAUAAUAUCGAAAGACAUAAAUCAAACCUGAGCAGCCUUGUAGGCGGAGAGGGUAUUCUCGGCAGCCUCCUUCCUCUCGGCUCCGGUCUUGAACUCCGCCAGGUAACGAUGAUAGUCGCCCUUCAUCUUCAGGUAGAAGACCUUGGAGUCGCCGCUGGAGGCAGAUCCAAUGAGUUUGGUGUCGAGGAGCCUGAGGAUGCCGUCGCAGAUGUUGGUGAGCUCCGACUCGAUCUUGGAUCUGUAACCCUUGAUGGCGGACACGUGGCUCUCGUUACCGCGGCUCUCCUCCUUCUGCUCGAUGGAGGAGAUGAUCCUCCAGGAGGCGCGGCGGGCGCCUAUGACGUUCUUGUAGGCGACGGAGAGGAGGUUGCGCUCCUCCACGGAGAGCUCGUCGCCGUCAACGGCGCCGACGACCUUCUCCAUGAACUCCACCAUCUCCUCGUAUCGCUCCGCCUGCUCCGCCAGCUUGGCCAUGUACACGUUCUCCUCGCGUGGGGACGCCAUUCAGAUUUGUGCAGGAGGGAUUUUGAAUUUUUUUUCUUUUCUAGAGAGAAGGGACGGCGAUUGGGAAUUUUCUUUGCUUUUUUAGAGAGAGAGAGUGGACGACAGGGUUUGAGAAACGAGUGUUGA